CGACGGUUUAACGUAAUGUCAGACAGAGUAUAAUGGGCCAACACUGAUCCUCGUCUAUACCAGAGCCUGCUAAGACUACGACCAACUCUCCCACGUGACCCAACCCAACUAUAACUUCUGCCUAGACCGCAACAACCAUGCAUCCCAACCAUCCACUCUCCCCAUCUCCACCGUAGCAACCAUGGCCCUCCCCCCUAAACUCAUAAUACUCAUCCUCGCAGCCCUAGCCAUAACCACCAUCCACCUCCUCAGCACAGUCCACGGCACCCUCCGCCGCCGCCACCACGCCCGACAAUAUGGCUGCCGCCCCAUCGCGCGGGCCUUCAACCGCGACCCGAUCUUAGGGCUCGACACGCUCCCCAGCACGAUCCGCGCGAUCCGCGCGCACCGGAUCCUCGCCCGCGGCCGCGAGCUCUUCGCACAGUACGGGCACACCUUCACGACGCGCGAGCUCCAACACCGGAUCAUCCUGACCAUCGAGCCCGAGAACAUCAAGACGGUGCUGUCGGUCAACUUCCAGGACUACGGGCUGCGCCACCGCACCGAGCCCUUCCGCCCGCUGCUGGGCCAGGGCAUCUUCAACAGCGACGGCGCGCACUGGGCGGCCUCGCGCGCCCUGCUGCGCCCCAGCUUCGCGCGCGACCAGGUCGUGGCCGACCUGGCGGUGCUGGAGGCGCUCUUCCAGGAUUUGCUGGCCGUGUUGCCCCGCGACGGAGCCACGGUGGAUCUGCAGGAACUGUUUUUCAAGUAUACGAUCGACUCCGCGACCGGGUUUCUGUUUGGGGAGUCGGUGCAUACCCUCCGGACGCCGGUUGAUCACAGUCGCGAAGAGGAGGGGCAGGUGAGCUUCGCGGAGGCGUUCCAGUAUGCCCAGAAGGCGGUGCUGGUGCGCGGGACCCUGGGCCGGCUGAAUGCGGUUUACCGCGAUCGCAAGGCCGAGGAGUGUAACCGGCGCUGCCGCGAUUUUGUGCGCGUGUUUGUGGAGGAGGCGAUCCGGGCGGUCGAGAUGCGCAAGACUGAUGGCAGUUCAGGGGAUGUGGACCGGGUGGAGGCAGGUAAACCCAAGGGUAAGCGCAUCUUCUCGCACGAACUGGCGGCGCGCACGUCGGAUAGAGAGCGCAUUUUGGACGAGCUGAUGGCGGUGCUGCUGGCCGGACGCGAUACCACGGCCAGUCUGCUGGGGAAUCUGUUCUUCAUGCUCGCCAAGAACCCCGCAAUCUGGGCGAGGCUGCGCCGCGAGGUGGAGAGCUUGCAGGGUCGUCCGCCGAGCUAUGAGCAGCUGCAGGGGUUGAAGUUUGUGGAGUGCUGUAUCAAAGAGUCCCUCCGCCUCCACCCCGUCGUCCCCCGCAACCAACGCGAAGCCAUCCGCGACACCGUCCUCCCCCUCGGCGGCGGCGACGACGGCCUCUCCCCCGCGUUCGUGCCCAAGGGCACGCUCGUUAGCUAUAACCUCUACGCCAUGCACCGUCGCGCGGAUCUCUACGGGGAUGAUGUCGACGACUUCCUCCCUGAGCGCUGGGAGGACGGCAGGCUCCAGCUGCGGCUGCGCUGGGGGUAUCUGCCAUUCAACGGCGGGCCGCGGAUUUGCAUUGGUCAGCGAUACGCCUUGACUGAGGCGAGCUACGUGCUGGUGCGUAUGGUGCAGGAGUUUCGUGGACUGGAGAGUCGGGAUCCCGGGCCGUGGGAGGAAAGUCGGGGGCUCACGCUGUGUUCGCGGAAUGGGACGCGCGUGGGGCUGGUUCGUUGAUUUGCGUCGGUGUUAUCGUCGCCGUGAUAUAAGUCGUGUGCCAUCUUAGUCUUUAUCCUUUAUUGGGGGUUGAAUUCGGUCUGGUCUCCUCAAGCCUAGGAAUGUAAGUUCAAGGGCCGCGCGGAUUAGGGCAUGGUAUAGUUGCUAGUACUGUACACUGGUGGAUCUGGAAGCCGCGACGAGCGCCUGCAAUCCAGAAAGCUUGUGCUGGGUGCAAUUUGGAUUUGCUCUAAGUAAAGCAAACUGAUAACACCUGCGAAAGGUGGAAGAUGCUGGAAUCCUGACUAUCUCAGGCUAGUAUCUGCGAGAAACUACUAGCUAAGGCCACCGAGGUGGGCGGCGAGCGGCAGCCUGGGCGAGGCCGCAGGACCACCGUCACAAACAUGCAUAGAACCUAUGAUCAACUCUUAGCAGAUCCAUGACGGAGGAAGAAAUUCCCGUAUCCCAACUAUUCAAGACACCAG